CACCAUCCCUCCUGCGAAUAGGGUCACGUGGGCUGUUGCAGUGCUGCAUACCGCCCUCACUGCGUUUGCUACUUCCACCUCUGCAACACUACCCCGCAACACUUCACCACACCACCCACACCACCCACACCAUGGGCCUCUUCAACCGCAACACCACGCCCCCCGCAGACACGGCUGCUGCAUCUGGUGCCCACAAGGAGAGAACCCGCCCCAGGCGCUCGUCCAAGUCCACCCCCUCGUCCUCCAACACCAGGCCCAGCUUUGGACAAUGGCUCAAGGCCACCUGGCUCGACAUCCUCACCAUGGCCGCCAUGGGAGCCAUCGGUCUUGGAGUCUACAUGGCUGACCCGGCCCCGAGCCGUAGCUUUCCCAUCAUCUUCCAAGACGGCGAAAUCGUCUACCCCGAGUUCGCCUACCCUCUGCGCAAUGAAAUCAUCCCCAUCUGGGCCGCCGCCCUCAUGGCCUUCUUCAUCCCCUUUGCCGUCUUCCUCAUUGUGCAGAUCCGCGCCCGCAGCUUCUGGGACAUCAACAAUGCCACCAUUGGCCUCCUCUACUCGCUCAUCACUGCCGCCGUCUUCCAGGUCUUCAUCAAGUGGCUCAUUGGCGGUCUGCGCCCUCACUUCCUCGCAGUCUGCAAGCCCGUUAUCCCCGAUAACAUCCUCUCUUCCGUCGGCACUUCAGACAACGGCGUCGAAACCAGCACGGGAAACGGCAACAUCGCAAACGGAUAUCGCCAGAUCAUGUUUGACAAGAGCAUCUGCACCGGCGACCGCAACGAAAUCAACGACAGUCUGGAAUCCAUGCCUUCAGGCCACACGACGGCUGCCUUUGCCGGCUUCGUCUUCCUGUACCUGUACCUCAACGCAAAGCUCAAGGUCUUUUCCAACUACCACCCCGCAAUGUGGAAAAUCGUUGCCUUGUACGCUCCCAUCCUCGGCGCUUGUCUCAUCGGUGGUGCCCUCACCAUCGACGAAUACCACAACUGGUACGAUGUCCUCGCCGGCGCCAUCAUUGGAAGUAUCAUGGCCUUUAGCUCAUACCGCAUGACGUUUGCUUCCAUCUGGGAUUUCCGCUUCAACCACAUUCCUCUGAUGCGCCACGUCCCCUUUGUCUAUGGUGCUGGCCCCAGUUCCUUUGAUGGUUUCCAUAGCAAUGUCUUUACCCGCAAGGCUGGAUGGGGUUCCCCUGAGGCCGGAAGCUGGGGUGGUGCUCCCUUUGAUGCCGCUGACGGUCCUAAGGGGUCCAUGAUGCCACAAGCAGAGGGCCCCGCUGGUCAUCACCAUGCCGACGCCAGUAUGCACAGGAAGCCUGUUGGUAUGGGGGCGAGGGGUGAACACAUGGUGUAGGUCAAUCAAACGGGUGCAUCAUGUGGCGGUUGAGUGUAAUAAGACGUGUAUACUAUGCAUCCUGUAUGAGUUUAAUGAUUACGAGAUAGUUAUUCAAUUCUUGUUCUUUACAAUAUGUCCUCAUAUUCCAAGCAUG